GAAUCACUCGGCGCUGCAGUGACUCACUUCGAGAACUAUCGCAAAGAGCAAGAGGCUCUCGGCGAGUCUGCGUACGGCCCGUUCACCGACGAGGAGGAAUGGGGUAUAGUGAAGUGGAUGAUGAAGAGGACGACACAGACAGGAAUAGAUGAAUUCUGCAAGCUGCCUAUCACUCGCAACCGAAUGAACCUCAGUUUCAAGAACAAGAGGGCAUUCUUCAAAAAGAUAGACAAGCUUCCGACUGGCGCAGAAUGGAUCUGCGACAUCAUCAACGUCGUCGGAGAUCAGCGCGGCCCAAACGGGGAAGUGCUCACCGAGGAGUUGGAGCUCUGGCGACGAGACCCUGUUGAGUGCUGUCGCGACCUCAUAGGCAAUCCCGCGUUCAAAGAGUACAUGGCGUACGGGCCGAUGAAGGUCACCCGGGAUGGUGUGCGGUACUACAGCGAGGCGAACACGGCGGACUGGUGGUGGAAUCUACAGGGAAAGCUUCCGUCAGGCGCAGUCAUCGCACCGCUCAUCAUCGCGUCUGACAAAACGAACCUAACAGCCCACAGUGGCGACCAAACGGCGUGGCCCGUCUACUUGUCGAUCGGCAAUAUCGACAAAGCUGUCCGGCGGCAGCCCUCUGCUCAUGCAACCGUCCUGCUUGGAUAUAUCCCCGUCAGCAAGUUCCACAGCUUCUCUAAGGCGACACGAUCCGAGGCCCUGUACAGGCUAUUCCACACGUGCAUGGAGAAAAUCUUCUCCACCCUCGUCGCCGCUGGUACGACUGGUGUAGUGAUGACCUGCGCGGACGGUCACAUCCGUCGUGUCUUCCCGAUCCUGGCGGCCUACGUUGCGGACUACCCCGAACAAUGUCUCAUCGCUUGCUGCAAAGAAAACCGGUGCCCUCGUUGUCUCGUUCCACGGAAAAAACGAGGAGAGCGCAAGCGGUUUCCCGCACGCAACCACGCAGCCACAGCCGACCUUCUACGACGAGUCGGAGAAGGCGAGGACCCCGCGCGGUUCACGACGCAAGGACUCCGCCCAGUCUACCGACCAUUCUGGGCCAACCUCCCGCACACCGACAUGUUCGAGUGCAUCACGCCCGACAUCCUCCAUCAAAUUCACAAGGGGGUCAUCAAGGACCACCUCCUGCCGUGGUGUCAGAAACUCGUCGGGAAGAAAGCGGUCGAUGAACGUGUCGCGGCGAUGCCCGAGAGCCAUGGCCUCCGUCAUUUCAAAAAAGGGAUCUCUCUGAUCUCCCAAUGGACGGGGACUGAGGCGAAGGAGCUGGAGAAAAUUCUGCUCGGUGUCAUCGCUGGACGCGCCGACUCCGAAAUUCAGAAGGCCGCGCGAGGUCUCCUUGACUUUGUGUACUACGCGCAGUACGAAGUCCACACAGAAACUACACUGGGGCAGAUGAAGCGAGCGUUGGACUCCUUCCAUCGCCACAAGGAGGCCUUCAUUAAACACGAAAUCCGCGAACAUUUCAACAUACCCAAGGUUCAUUCGCUGGUGCACUACGUCGACGCCAUUCGUCGGUUGGGAUGCCUGGAUGGCGUUAACACCGAGACAUCAGAAAGGUUGCAUAUUGACUACGCGAAAAAGGCUUACCGUGCAAGCAGUCGGCGCGAGUACUACACCCAGAUGACGACCUGGCUACAGAGGCAGGAGGCUAUCGAGCGGCGAGACUCGUACUUGGCGUGGCACACUGGACAGCUUGAUGAGGAUCUGAAGGCGUUUCUUGAUGAUCGCGAGGUCGAGCAGGAGAACGCCGAUGAAGAGGAGGAAGAGGCCGCCGAUGAAGCAGAGCAACAGGCAAACACGGCGGAAGCUCAAGACGAAGAGGUUCAGGCGCUUCGUCAACUCAUGAACUCGAACGUGUCGCGCGCUUUCCAGCUUACUCUCACGCCCACUGCGCGACGAGUCACCCUAGAGCGUCUUGCAUCAGGCUACGGUGCUCCCGACUUUCUCGUCGAAGUGAACGCUUUCCUCAGCAACAUCGACCAUCCCCCACGGCUCCGUGCCCUCACAUCCAUCGAAAUCGACGUCUACCACGCUAUCAACGUGCUGCUGCCUGCCAACAUACACUUCGCAAACCACAAGCGGAUAUGCAAGAUACGCGCGAGCCCAGCGAUCCCCCGCAACCGCGACCGUCGCCCCAUUCCUCCCCACUUCGAUUGUGGCCUUUUCAUACAAGAGGAAGAUGUCUACCGUCAAGAAGGCGGGCUUGAAGGCCUGCGUGCAGGGAGGAUCAGAGCGAUCUUUCGAUUACCUGAGUGGCUGAAAUACGACUCGCCGCUGAUGUAUGUCGAAUGGUUCCGUCCGUUCCGUAACCCAGAUCCUGUGACGGGCAUGCCGUCAACUUCGCGCUCGACCCGCGCGGGCAAGCGUAAUGCGACAGUAGUCGAAGCAAGCGACCUCCUCCGACCAUGCCACCUCAUCCCGAAAUUCGGGCAAGACGUCCUGAACGCCGACUGGGCUGCCCCGGAUCUCCUCGAUGAACCCAUCACCUUCUGUUUCAAUCGGUAUUUGGACUACCACACAUUCGAUAGCCUCGCGCGUGCAUGAUAUUCGAGUAGAUUCGCUGCAACGAGCGGCCGCCACAAUCGAGUCAACUUCAAAUCCGCUGGUCGGCGGCAUGCUUGACCUCGAGUGGAACUCCAGUGCGCCUUCCGCGUACGAGCGCCGCGAUGCCGAAGAGGCCAGCAUCAGUGGCAAGGCCCGGGGACGGCCGCGGUGUGCGUCUCUUCCGCCGGGACAGCCCGGAGGCAGGUGCAGACGACUUGAAGAACACCUGCCCCGAGAUCGACCACCAUGCUCUGUACAACAUCCUACUCAUUGCCAUGCCCGAUGACGCGGUCGCCGUCGCUUCCAUCCAGCUGCUCGAGGGCAGGCAGCACGCCGCGCUCACGUUCACGAACAUCGCGGCGACUGGAGCGGAUAUCGUUGUCGGUGCCGACCGCGCGAACUCGCGCAUCCGCACCUCUCCCCUCCCGUGCCACUCCCCUCCCCUCCUGUGCCCUCUACCACGGCAGCGCCGAGCUCUCACUGACACCCACCCGGCGGUCCAUCGCCGCCCUGUCCGGGAGCUGAAACAUCAGUGACGGCGCUGGCAAGGGCGCGUGCGUGAAAGUCUCUGUCCUGUGGGCGGACGACCUGAGCAUGUUCUCGAGUUGGACGUCCCAUCAGCAGGCACGAGCGACGAUGACAGUGCCGUGUCCGCGCACUGACCGCGCGUACACCGCGCGGGGCACAUACGGCGCUGCCGUGUAAGGGCGUGGGUGCUCUAUGGAUGGGAGCGCGCACGAGUCGUCCUCGCGCUCCCCGCGAUCGUAUUCCUUGGGGCCGCGCGCGUAGAGUGAGCGCGAGGAGGACGCCGCAUCAACACGCAUGCAAUAGGGCGGCCGCGGCAGGAGAAAGACAGUGCGAACACCGUGUUGGCAUCGGCUCCUGUGCCGCACACGUCGAGCUGUAUGUAGUACUACAAGUAGCACUGGUGGGUCCCGAGCCCACAAAUGCUGCUAGGCGCUCACCUGCCUUUUCUGGUAGGAGACCAUGACUCAUUUUAAGUUUUCGUAAUGUCCGAGACGUCCAGCCAACCUUUCUUCUUGCACAUCCACCCCCAUGACGAGCGACUUCUCUCUUACAUUGAACCCUCCCCCCCUUGACACCGAGUACAACGUCAACAUCACACUCGGCACGCCCCACGGGCAGCUCAAGCUAACACUCAAGAACGCAAACAAUGGGCCUCAGAGAUCGCCAGCGGAGGAUGCAGAGUGGCCUGCUGUGCCAAGUAGGCCAGAUCCGACUCGGACAAGCGUUCAUGAUACGUCUGUGACGGCCUCUGUAGCUUCUCGACUCUCUGAUGGGAUGUGCGGCCAUGCCGACUGUUCGUUAUCUGCUUGCAUCGCGACCGGUUCACAACACAUUCAAGCUGCGCGUGAACCGUCCCCUCUCGUAGCGCUGGAGCAUGAGAACCAUUCGGCCACAGCGACUGAAUCGGAAGGUGAACAAACCCAUCACCCACACGACACCGGCUCGACAUCCAGCGGCAGUGAAUCCCCGGAUUAUGACCGGGUUACCUACUCUUAUCUUAUGGCGCACUCCGCGCCGCGCGAAUUCCUCCAGGGCCUGUCUCCCAGCCCGCGCCCAGAUCCGGCAACACCUUCCCAAUCCCUAUCCGACUUGCCGUCGGUGUCUCUCUCGCAGGCUUCCUCGCCAAUCCUGGAGCAAACACGUCAGCCAUCAGAUCCUUCGUCUACAUCAUCUUCUCACCCUUCGUCCCCGUCACCACCUCUGCAUCUUCCUGAACCACUGUCAGUUCAUGCGCCAUACUCGCCCUCCAAAGCGAGCUCUGCGGAUGCCCCGGCCGCUACUGACGCCGCCGUCUGCGACUCUGACUGCGACACGGUGUCUGAGCAUGACCCCCUCGAAGAUGCUUACGAUCUUGGCUACUCCGAUGGACGCCGAGAAGGCCGAAAUGAUGCACUGCGGUUCCUUCGGCUCGGAUGGGUGCGAGCUCAGACGCCUCCCGCUAAGGGGGGUGGUGCAAUAGUGGAUGAAGGUGACACGCUUGUUGCGGACAUGGAGAGUCCACCCACGUUUGUGCCGUUUCCGAACCUUCGUACAGGCUGUCAUUUGACGCCGAGGACUCGCAAGCGCAUUGCCGUCGAGCUACCCCCUUCCCCUGUCACCCGUCAUGCCGUUAAGCGAUUGAAGGAGCAGCUUGCCCCCGAUGUGUUAGCGCUGGUAUACCCGCCGGGAAGGCGGGCGUAGGUCUCUAAUGUACUCGGUCAUGUACUAGUAGUAGUAAUGGCGCCAAUUGUUAGGCUAUACCACCG